AUGGUAGUUAUAAAGAAUAACAUUCAUGAUAAUAAUUGUCAAACAGCAAGAAUUAUACAAUGGCUUGGUAAUGAACGAGCAGUUGAUGUACCCAAUGAUUUUAAUCUUACAUUGUUAUCUAAAGAAGACCUUGUUGAUCAUGAAAUAGUUUCAUCAAAAGUUGAUUGUAUUGAAUUACUUCGUUUUACACCAAUUAAUAAACAUGUUACUACAACAUUUAAACGAACAUGUUUACAUCGUCGUAGUAGUCGUCUAAAUCGAUUAUCGCCCGAUGUACAAACAUCGGAUGAAGCUUACUGUAGUUUAUCGUCUCAUCGUAGUAUACAAAAUAAUUUAAUACAUAAAGAAUCAACGAGUAAUAGUAGUUGUAGUAAUUUAUCAACUACAUUACCUAUUUGUACAUCAUCUUCAUCACCAAUAUUAUCAAUAACAAUUGAUGAUAUAUAUAAUACAUUAGAUUGUAUAAAAUAUAUUAAUCAAAUGGAUAAUAAUUUAAUGAAAGAAAAUUUUAAUCUUUUACAUGAAAUAAUUCAACAAAAUCAUGAUUUAUUACCAAUAAUAACAAAUAAACAAAAAAAUAAUUCAAUAGAAUUUAUACGUAAUAUUAUUAAUAAUAGUGAACAAGAUUUUAAAGAUAUGAUUAAAGAAUUUAUUCAAUUAAUUGAACAAAAAUUAAUUGAUAUUGAAAUGAAUAUAUUUGAUACGAAUAUAAUAAGACCAUCAUCUCCAACAUUAUUUGAUAAACUCAAUGAUCUUCGAACAUGUUUAACAUCAUUACAUCGUAUAGAAAUUGAAAGUCUUCUAGAUGUAUUUGAUAAUAUACUUAAAUUAUAUUGUUAUCCAUCAGCAUUACCAGAAUAUGAACAAAUAAUUAUAAAUAAUCAAGAUAAUGAAUCAAAUGAAGAAUUAUUAAAAUUAUCACAAUAUGGUAUUGAUGAAUUAAAAAUAGUUAAAAUUGAAAAAACUCAUCAACCAUUAGGUUUAACAAUAUCACGUACUGAUACAGGUAUAAUAUAUAUAGCACGUAUUGUUAUUGGUGGUUUAGCAGCAACAUCAGAAUUAUUUCAAAUAAAUGAUCGUAUACUUGAAAUAAAUGAUCAAUCAAUAACAGGUCAUACACUUGAUUUUGUUUGUACAUUAAUAUCAAAUAUAAAUGGUUUAAUUAAAUUUCUUCUUGCACCACCAUUAAAUAUAAAUAAUAUAUCAUAUCAUACAUUUUAUGUACGUGCAUUAUAUUCUUAUGAUCCAUAUAAUGAUCCAUUAAUACCAUGUAAAGAUAUUGGUUUAACAUUUCAACGUGGUGAUAUAUUACGUAUUGUUGCAUAUGAUGAAAAUUUUUUUAAUAAAAAUGAUACAUAUAUUAGUUGGUGGCAAGCUUAUCGUGAAAAUUCUUAUGAUAUACAAACAGAUUUAUGUUUAGCUGGUCUUAUACCAUCAGAUAAUUUACAACAAAAACGUACUAAUUUACUUAAAGUUAUAUCUGAUGAUAUUGAUUCAAUAUCAACAUCAACAUCAUCAUCAUCAUCAUCAAAUAAUAGUAAAAAGAAAAAAAAAUAUAAAACAUGUUUUACAUGUGUAAAUUCUAAAGAAAAUCGAAAACCUUUACAAAAUAUUUAUAAUAAUAUAACAUUUAUUCGUGAUAUUGAUGAUCAUGAAAUACCAACAAUAAGAACAUCAACAAAUCAUUUUUCAUUAACAGAUACAAGAAUAUUUGGUGAUGAACAACCAUCAAUAACAUUAAAAAGAUUUUCAGAUAAAAAUAAAGAUAUAACAAAUAAUUCUUUUCGUUUUUAUGAACCUGUUUUUCAACUUGAUCUUUCAACAAAACAAAUAACACGACCUAUUGUUUUAUUAGGUGCACCAAAUGUUGGUCGACAUGAAUUACGUCGUCGUCUUUUACAAAAUGAACCAUAUCUUUUUGAUGUUGCUAUACCACAUACAACACGUGCUCGUCGUUUACAAGAAACUCUUGAUAUUGAUUAUCAUUUUGUUUCUGAAGCUGAUUUUUUAGCUAAAGUAGCAUGUCAUUCAUUUAUUGAAUUUGGUCAAUAUGAUCGUGAUUUAUAUGGUACAUCAAUUGAUGAUAUUCGACAAAUUGUUCAUAUUAAACAAAAAAUUUGUAUAUUAAAUUUAAAUCCUGAAGCUAUACAAACAUUUAAUAAAACAGAUCUUUAUCCAUAUAUAAUAUGUAUAGCUGCACCAUCAUUUGAACGUCUUAAACGUUUAGAACUUGAUCGUCGUGAAUAUUUAACUGAUAAAGAUUAUCGUGAAAUUAUACGUAAAAGUCGUUCAAUUGAAAGACGUUAUCAUUUAUUAUUUGAUCAUAUUUUUAUUAAUAAUGAUUUAGAUCGAACUUAUACAGAAUUACGUGAUUUAAUUGUACGAAUACAAAAUGAUAAUAAACAAUGGAUACGAACAUGUUAUCAACGAUGA